GUAGAAAUAAAAUUUAGAGAGCGCUUGUGAACGUUCGGUACCAGAGUCAAUGCUUAAGCCUAUUCGCCAAUUUCGGCUGUACUUUGUACAGGAUGGCCUCUAACGUUGCUAGGUCGUGGAAAGUAGUGAAACCUCAUUUACCUCGAAUAAAAUUCAGAAAAGGAGGAAGGCCAGAUAGUUGUGUUUCUGGUCUUGCCACAGAACAGAAUCCAACAUUAGCGAAAAGUUCAUCUCAGCCCAGUUCUAUUCGACCAUCUACUUUAUCUGUUCCGGGUACAGGGAUUGAAGAAUGUGAACUUCCACAAAGAUAUGCAAGACAACAAAUUUCACAGCUAGAAUUGGAAUAUAUAGAGAGAGGAGGUCCAGAAUAGCCCAAGUUUAUCCUAAGAAGAAGUGUGUAAAUAAAUGUAAUGAGAGGGUGCUUUAGAAAAUUUAGAAGAAAGAAAGGCUUUUUAGAUUUUAUGAUCUUUUACAGAGGAUGAGUGUAGAUAAACUCAUUUUACCACUGUGUUGACUUUUUUUUUACCUUGUCUUUAGUUUCAAAAGUAAUUUAAAUUAUCGUUCACUUGCUUACUUUAAAAAGUUGAUAGAAGCCAUGAAAGGUGCCUAUGCUGUGCUUUUUAAGUUAAUAUUAUGAAUCACACUUAAGUAAGUAUGAAAGUUUUACAGUAAAUCAAUAUUUAAAAACCAUUUACAUUUUCACAAGGAAAUAGACAUGGCUUAUCAUGGAGAUAUUUAAAAUGGAUGAUAAAAAAAGAUUUAUAUGGUUGAAAUGUAGAAGUUAAAGUAUAAACAAAUAGACCACUGGUGUUAAUGUACAAAUGUAGGAUUGGAUAAAAAGAGAUUAAUAAAGAGUUAACAUUAUUAUUA